AUGAUGUUCGAUGUUAUGCAGGAUAUCUUCAUAUGUGGCAAGAUAUCGACAGUAGUCCGACGAAAUGCUAUAGAGUUCUCAGCUUUCCAUCACUGGAUGAAGGUCGAGGCCAAGUUCAUUUCGAAGAAGUUGGAACUCGCUCGACAAGAAAGUACGUGCCUAUGUGAAAUUCGUUAUCAGGACGUUCCAAGUUCGUCAUUUGGCGAAUGUAGGCUCGAAGACAAGCCGAAUAAUCCACUCAAGUACAAGAGGAGUUGUGCUCUCGGAACUCCUGGCUUAAGCUGGCACGCGGAGAUCCGGAGCAGCAGCAGCCGUACUCUGGCUGGACAGCAUGUGAACUAUGCUAUCACUGUGCAUCGUAAGACUGUUCACAGGACUUUUCUGCGAGGCAAACUUGAUGAUCUUCCUCGUGGAGAUGGUCCGGCUUUGAUAGCCACUGAUCGACAGGUGAAAAUAGUUGGAAAACGAAUCCAUCGCAAUCCGCCGAGGAGUUUGAGGAAGAUGGCUAGGGAUUCGGAAGUUCCAAGUCGAACGAUGAGAAGAGUAGUGCCUAAUAGAUUUGGGGCGCUGUUGGGAGUUCAGAUAAGAAGGCCCUCCCGGAUGCUCAGAAGAGAAGUCGAGUGGAAAAAUGCGAAAGGCUCUUGCAGAGGACCGCAAACGGUAAUUCUUCACCCGAGUCCAACGCCUCUGUAUCAUCGCGAACCCGAUCCCAGAACAAUCUUGAAUCAAGCUGAACUCGAGGAUCACCGUUCUCCCUAUCUACCAUGCACAAUUAACAGCGUUACAAGAUCAGAUUCUGAAGAUUCUAGCAGCGCUGAAUCGAGUGCGAUUCCAACUGAGCGAGACAUGGAAAACAUGGAACGCCUUCUUAAAAAAUUGUCGGAAAUUUUCGAGGCGGAUCCCAGCUCUCAGCUGGAUUCGUCUAUAUACCAAACGCGACCUCCAUCGGAUCAAAUAAGCCAGAUGCUGAAAGCUUUGGAUAAUCCUGUGUUACCGAAUAAUGCCGAUGAUGAACGAGAUCAGGAAACCGGAAGGCUGGAAGACUUAUAUCGGAAGCGAAUGGACGAUUUGAGGAGUAUUUUACACUCUCAUCUACAUGAAUUAUGGCAGGGUUGUGAACGCAUCAUGUUGGAUAUCCAUCGAGUAUUGAAAAGCCAGCAAAUGCUUAGACCUAUCGAUGAGCAGGAUAUCAUACGUGCUUUCGAAUCUAUUCGCCACAGGCAUGAAAUGACUGUGACUGAAACAAGAGAGAUUGUAGCCAACAGCGUCAUGAUUAUGCAGACAAGGAUAGCUGACGCAACGAGACGACGUCGCAAUUUCAGCAAAGAAGCGACUGCAAUCUUACAGGAAUAUUAUGAUGAUCAUUUCGAUCAUCCAUAUCCAAAUGAGGAAGAAAAACUUCAGCUGGCUGCUAAAUGCCACAUUUCUAUGCAACAGGUAUCGAACUGGUUUGGAAAUCGCAGAAUACGAACAAAAAAAUCGCAGCGAUCACAAGACGUCACAGAAUUUGGCAGAUUUUAG